AUGCUGACAACAUUGCUGCCACUGCUGUCUCUGCUGCUCCUGCCCAGCGGGGCCUUUUGUAGCCAGAAAGACACAGAUGGCCAGCGAAGCCUCCACAUCUUCCAAUAUGCCUACUUCCGCGACUCCUCUCACGUGUGGCACCGCGGGAACGCGUCGCUGGGCGGGCUAACAACACACGUGCUGGAAGGCCCGGGCAACAACGUCACGAUCAGCCAGCUGCAGCCCUUCGAGGAUCCAGAGAAAUGGGCGCGAACAGAGCAAGGCCUGCAACGCUACCUACGAGAAUUCUCUAGCUUAGUGCUGCUGGUGCACCGCGAGCGGAGACUGGUUUUUCCUCUGAUAAUCCGCUGCUUCCUGGGUUGUGAGCUGCCUGAAGAGGGUUCCAAUGCCCACAUCUUCUUUGAAGUGACUGUGAAUGGGAGCUCCUUUGCCAGUUUCCAGCCAGAGACAGCCUUAUGGAUAGGACAUUCCAAGACAUUGUCCAGAGUAGCUAACUACACCCUGAUGACCCUCAAUGCCUACAACCGAACUCGAUACGAACUGCGGGAGUUCCUGCAGGACACGUGUGUGCAGUUCGUACAAGAAUAUACGACAAAGAAAAAUGGUACGAUGGGAAGCCAAACAGGCCGUUCCUACACCUCGCUGGUCCUGGGAGUCUUGGUGGGCAGCUUCAUCAUCACCGGUGUGGCUGUGGGCAUCUUCCUGUGCACAGGUGGACGACGGUGUUAA